GACACAGAUGAGAGAGAAAAAAAAAAAAAAAAACACAAAAUCCCCCCACAUUCACAAACCUAACUCUGCUUCUCUUCUUCUUCUCUCUUCUCUUCAAAGUAGAAAAUAGAAACCCAAUUGCAACCAAUUUGAUUUGAUUUGAUUUGAUUAGAUGGAUUCGCUUCCUUCUGUGUCGCCCUCCAUGGUUCUACCUGCAAGCAACCCUUUCCACCCUCAAACUCGACGACUUCCUCUCUUUUCUCAUCGUCCCCGUCUUCUUACCACCCUCGUCUCUUCAACAAGAAGGAAGCACGUUUCCUGCAACUCGGGCGGCGCCGCCGCCGCAGCAGCAGGAGACGACGAAGUCGACAGGGCGCUUCACUUGGACGGCACCAUUCCCGGAACCUCCAACGAGUUCGUCAAACGCGUUUCCUCUCGCGCUUACGACAUGCGCAGACAUCUCCAUCAAUCCUUCGAUUCCAGCAGCUACGAUGAGUUCAUUUUAGGGACAAGGUUGGUUUUUAAUUUGUUAUUUUUCUUUUCGUCAGUUUUGGAUGCCAACCCUUGGAGAGAAGAUUCGAAGCCUGUGUAUGUGCUCACCCAAAAGGAAAAUCAAUUGUGCACAAUGAAAACCCGGAGAAGUAUAAGUGAAGUUGAAAGAGAGCUUGGGUUAUUGUUUUCUAAAGGAGGAAACUGGAGAUCUGGAAUUGGAAAUCAGACCAAACAAGCAAGGGGAGGGACAAAGUUUCCAAUGCUUGUUGAAGAUAUUAGAGAGGGAGUGCUUGUAUUUGAAGAUGAAAAUGAAGCGGUAAAGUAUUGUGACUUGCUACAAGGAGGUGGUCAAGGCUGUGAGGGUGUUGCUGAGAUAGAAGCCUCAUCGAUAUUUGAUCUUUGCCGGAAAAUGAGGGCUCUUGCAGUUCUAUUCCGCAGAGGGAGGACACCUCCUCUACCUGAAAGUCUUAAGCUCAAUCUGCGAGCUCGAAAACGGUCCCUAGAAGACCAAGACGAUUUGAUAUGAAUUUCAAAUUCCCUUGUGAUGGGAGGAAAGCAAUUGUAUACUAAUAUGCUUAGCCCCCUAAAGGAACAAAAAUAUGUAUAAUGAUUAGAAAUUCAUUCAUCAGUAUAAUUGAAAAGAAUAUAACAUGUAUCCAAAAAAACAAAAACAAAAACAAAAACAUAGCGUGUAUAUAUAUGGCUGCUCAAUGCUAAUGUUCAAAUUUUCGGCUUUUCAUUGAGAAUUUGAAACAACCUAUGGA